CUGCACGUCUACCUGUGCCUGUCUCCAAAUGCCCACAAGAUAUCCAUUGCCCUGAACGAGCUGGGGCUGCCCCACACCGUGCACAAGGCAAGCUGCCUGUGCGAUACGGGCGAGCAGCGGGCAGAGGCCUUUCUCAAGCUCAACCCCGCAGGCCGCGUCCCUGUGCUGGUGGAUCAUGAUGCCAGGCCCGAGGGCUUUGUGCUGACCGAGUCGGGGGCGAUCCUGUACUACCUGGCCGCCCACAAGGACCAGGGCAACCGCCUGCUGCCGGCAGACCCAGCCGGCCGGGCCGAGGCACUGAGCUGGGUGUUCUUCCAG